ACCUCUCUCUCUCUCUCUCUCUCUCUCUCUCCUCUCUCUCUCUCUCUCUAUAUAUAUAUAUAUAGUGCUGUAAAGUAGUGCACUCCCUUUUAGAUUCGCCGGAAAAAAUGGCCGCCGCCGGAACACCCGCAGAUUCCCGCAAAUUAUCUAACAAAGUCGUCGCAAUCGCCGCCGGAGAAGCUCACACUCUCGCCCUCACAGGGGAUGGGAAUGUGUAUGCUUGGGGAAGAGGAAUGUUCGGCCGACUCGGCACUGGUUUGCAGAACGACGAGCUAUUUCCGGUCCGAAUCGACUUCGAUUCGGCUCGUAGAUCGUGGGGAGGGCGGAGACUCAAGUUCGUGGAAAUCGCCGCUGGUGCUUAUCACAGUCUCGGUCUUGCAGAUGAUGGAUCUGUUUGGAGCUGGGGUUACAAUAUCUAUGGCCAACUUGGUAUCGAUGGUGAGCAUGUUUUAGUUCCCUGCUUGUUAGAGCAAUUCCUUGAGUUGGGCCAUCCCGAUUCUUUUAGAGAUGAAUCAGAAUCAAACAUUAGAACUUCAUUAAAGGUUUCUUCUGUCAAAGCUGGAGGAAUGAUGUCUCUGGCAAUUGAUAAUCUCGGAGCCCUCUGGAUGUGGGGUAACUGCUGCCCUCAGCAAAGCAGCUCCAGUGAAGGGGGAUUCUCUCUUGUCAGCAGUUCCAUUCCAAUACCUGUCUGGAAUUUCCAUGGUCACACAGUUGUCAAGGUGGCUUGUGGAAAUGAGCAUGUUGUGGCCUUAGUUAGUGCCGGAGAAACAUAUAAAGGUGGUGAUCUUGUAUGCUACACAUGGGGUAACAAUAACCAUGGUCAAUUAGGCCUUGGAGAUACAGAGAGCCGGUUCCAUCCCGAAGCAGUUGAGAAAUUUAGCCCGAGUUCCCAUUGGGCAGUUCAUGAGGUAGCAUGUGGGGCCUUCCACACUGCUUUACUUGCUCUUGACAGUAGAGCAAGCAACACGUUAACAAGUGUGUGCUGGACAUUUGGCCUUGGGGAAAAUGGGCAGCUUGGUCUUGGAACUACCCGAAGUUCCAUGUUGCCUGAACCAGUGAAAGGAUUGCCAUGGGAUGUGUUUCUGAUUUCUGUUGAUUGUGGGUUAUUUCACACUAGUGUCGUUUCAUCAGCUGGAGACGUGUGGUCGUGGGGAAUGGAGAAGGGCCUUGGCUUAUGCCCCGACGCUAGUUUCACUGGAACCGAUGCAGGGGAUGCCAUUUCCCCCUUGUUUAUUUCAUGCGGCGGGCCGUCUAGGCCGAAUUUUCCAGCGCCCGUUCAGGUUUCAUGUGGGGCUGCCCAUACUGUUCUUGUUGGUGAUGAUGGAUAUAAACUUUGGUCAUGGGGCCGGGGAAGGAGUGGUGUUCUUGGGAAUGGCAAGACCGUUGAUUGUUUUGCUCCUAGUAUUGUGUUGUGGCCACCACCGACAGAUGAUUUCAAGGAAAUGGGAUUGGACAAUGUUGAUAGAGUUAAAAAGAGCAAAGGCAAAGACCCUACAAGAAUCACAGAGACGGAGAAAAGAUUGAUGGAGGCAAUGGAGGAGAUGAAGAUCCUUGGGUCAAAACUUUCGGUCAUGGAAAAAUAUACUAGCAUCCUUCACGGUUCUAUCUUCGGAAAGCCAUUUGAAGAGCGAGAUAUUCCUAUAUCGUUGCAGAACUCGGGUAGUUUCGACAUUGCAAAGGAAUGGGAGAACAUGUUGGAGUCAUCAGAUCGUGCCAAGCUUGUCCGUUUGGAGAUGUUUUACCGAAACAUGCUUGUGGGAGUUAAAGAUAAGAUAUUGAAGAAAAGGAUUCAGGAGAUUGUCAGAGAAUGUCUCGAUUCUCCACCUAGGGGAGGAAACAAUUAAAAAACUGUGGUAUUGGAUCGGACCCAUUGCCUUCCAAAUUAUGAUUUUUCAGAUUGAUAUAGGUUAGUCAUAUGUUUGCUUGCACUUUGAGAUUAUACAUGACUUUGCUUUCAUAGAUCUCGUUAGAUAGUAAUGUUGUGAAAAAUUAAGAGGGGUGUAAUAAGGCUUUGUAGAUGAUAGAAUAGCCUGUAAUUGCCAGAGAUUGUUGGGCUACCUUGUAAUAACAAUCCUAAUGUCUUCUUUAUUGAAAUGAUGGAAAAAGAUAUUUAUAUUAUC